AGAAACUUUGACACCAGAAAGAAAGGCAUGGAAGAGAAUGAGGAAGAGGAGAGCUGCAGCAUAUACCCGAGCCUGCUGCUUCCAAUCGGCAAUGAGAUCAAGGCCAGGAUGCAGCAGCUUGUGGAGGAAAGGAUGGAGGCCAACAUGUGGACAGCUGUGCUGAUUGGAGCUGUGACGGUUGUUUCUGUGGUUGGAGUUGUGGUGUUCCUUCUUUACAGAAGAUACAAACUGUCAAAGGAGCAGGCCGGCGUUCCACACUAUCGCUUCAGGAAGAGAGACAAGGUGAUGUUCUACGGCCGGAAGAUCAUGAGAAAGGUUCAGACGCUGUCUUCAGUCCCUGCGACCGGUUCAAACUCAGCUUCUCGGCAAAGAGUGAGGAAGAGGACCAAAGUCCUGUCGAUUGCUCGCAAGAUCCUGCGUAUCGGGAAGGAGCCCCCCACCCUGCAGCCUAAGGAGCCCCCCCCCUGUCUGCUGGAGGCUGACCUUACGGAGUUUGAUGUGCAGAACUCCCAUCUGCCCUCCGAGGUGCUGUACAUGCUGAAAAAUGUCAGGGUGCUCGGCCACUUUGAGAAGCCUCUGUUCCUGGAGCUGUGCCGGCAUAUGGUGGUGAUCCAGCUGCAUCAGGGGGAGGCUCUCUUCAGACCAGGGGACACUGACGACAGUAUUUACGUGGUUCAAGAUGGCCGCUUGGACAUGUGCAUCCAUGAGAGCGAUGGGACCGAUGCUGUGGUGAAGGAAGUGUUGCCAGGAGACAGUGUUCACAGUCUGCUCAGUAUCCUGGACAUCAUCACUGGCUAUCCAGCGCCUUAUAAGACAGUGUCUGCCAGAGCUGCAGUCACCUCCACCAUCCUGCGUCUGCCCGCUGCAGCCUUCCAGUCAGUGUUUGAGAAGUAUCCAGAAACUCUGGUCCGUGUCAUCCAGAUAAUCAUGGUGCGUCUCCAGAGAGUCACCUUCCUCGCCUUACACAACUACCUGGGCCUGACCACUGAGCUCUUUAACCCGGAGAGCCAAGCGAUUUCUCUGGUGUCGGUGGCCAAUGUUCUGGGGGAGGGUCAUCCACACCGGGGCCUCCGUAGGCAGCCCUCCCACUCUGAUGAUCAGGGCUCCGAAAAAAGUGACACAGAAAAGUCGAGUUUCUCAGAAACUUCGAAAUACAAGAAAUCCCGCUCAUUCUCCAACCCGGUGGCUGUCACAGGUGAAAUGUCCCUCGGUCUCAACAAAGUGUAUGAACGGGCUCAGGUUUCCAAAGAGGAAGCUCUGCCUCCCAGUCCUGUAAAGUCAAUACUCAAGAAGAGUGUGACCAUGCAGCACACUCCAUCAGCUGUUUACCACUACAGUGACACUGGAGCAGAAAAUGUCCAGCAUAACAAAGUUAACGCCAUUUUCCAAGCUGCCAAAAAGGAUCUGCUCAAUGUCAUCCAGCUACAGGACCCCAGUCUUCUGGAGGGGAGAGUGAACCUUCGGCAGGUCAAAGCUGGCACUGUGGUGGCUCACCAGGGAGACCAGGAUGCGAGUGUGGCGUUUAUCAUCUCGGGGGCGCUCCAUGUCUACCAGCGUAUGAUAGACCGAGAGGAAGAGUCCCUGCUGUUUGUCUCCCACCCAGGGGAGAUGGUGGGUCACCUAGCCGUCCUCACGGGGGAGCCCCUCAUCUUCACUGUCCGAGCUCACAGAGACUGCACCUUCCUCUCCAUAUCGAAGGCCCACUUCUAUGAGAUGAUGCGUGACGACCCCCGUGUGGUGCUGAACGUCGCUCACACUGUGGUGAAGAGGGUGUCGCCUUUCGUCCGACAGAUUGACUUCGCCCUGGACUGGAUGGCUGUGGAGGCUGGCCGUGCCGUCUACAGACAGGGAGACAAGUCAGACAGCACCUUCAUCGUACUGAGCGGCCGACUCCGCUCUGUCAUUGCAAAAGAUGAUGGGAAGAAGGAGCUGGCUGGAGAGUAUGGCCGUGGGGAUCUGAUUGGUGUGGUGGAGGCUCUGACCCACAUGAACCGAGCCACCACGGUGCACGCCGUCCGGGACUCAGAGCUCGCCAAGCUCCCUGAAGGCGCUCUGAACUCCAUCAAGAGAAGAUAUCCUCAGGUGGUCACCAGGCUCAUCCACCUGCUGGGAGAGAAGAUCCUGGGAAACAUGCAGCAAGUCAGCGGACCCCUGGCUGCUCGUAGUCUGGCCCUCCACACCCCCACCAGCAAGUGGGAUGUUGGGAACCCAGCGUCCAACCUGUCCACUGUGUCCAUCCUGCCAGUGUCUGAGGACGUCCCACUCACAGCUUUCACCCUGGAGCUGCAGCUGGCACUCAGCGGCAUCGGCCCGACUCUGCUCCUGACCAGUGACAGCAUCAAACAGCGCCUCGGUGCUGCAGCUCUGGACAGUGUCCAUGAGUAUCGUCUGUCCAGCUGGCUGGGGCAGCAGGAGGACAUCCAUCGCAUUGUCCUCUACCAGUCUGACCCCACCCUCACGCCCUGGACCCAGCGCUGCAUCCGCCAGGCUGACUGCAUCAUCAUCGUGGGACUGGGGGAGCAGGAGCCCACUGUGGGGGAGUUGGAGAAAAUGCUGGAGGGCAGUGCAGUGCGAGCUCAGAAGCAGUUGGUGUUGCUGCACAGGGAGGAUGGCCCCCCACCCAAAGGGACGGCCGAGUGGCUGAACAUGCGCAGCUGGAUCUCCAGACACCAUCACCUGUCCUGCCCCCGCAGAGUGUUCUCCCGGAGGAGUUUACCUAAGCUGAGAGAGUUGUACCAGCGUGUAUUUGAAAAAGGUCCGGAUCGUCAUUCCGACUUCUCUCGUCUGGCCAGGAUCCUGACAGGGAACAGCAUCGCCCUUGUGCUGGGUGGAGGGGGCGCCAGGGGCUUCUCUCAGGUGGGGAUCCUGCGUGCCCUGAAUGAAGCGGGGAUCCCUGUGGACAUGGUGGGGGGCACCUCCAUCGGCUCCUUAAUGGGAGCACUGUACGCUGAGGAGAAGAGCAACAGCCGCAUGAGGGUCCGGGCUCGGGAGUGGGCCAUGGAUAUGACCUCUUUCUUGAAGAAGAUUUGGGAUCUGACCUACCCUGUUACCUCCAUGUUUUCUGGAUCAUCCUUUAACUCCAGCAUCAGCUCCGUCUUCAAGGGCAAACAGAUAGAGGACCUGUGGCUGCCAUACUUCAACAUCACUACAGACAUCACAGCAUCCUCCAUGAGGGCGCACACUGAUGGUUCUCUGUGGCGAUACGUCCGGGCCAGUAUGUCCCUGUCUGGUUACCUGCCGCCGCUCUGUGACCCCAAAGAUGGACACUUACUCAUGGACGGAGGAUACAUCAACAACCUGCCUGCGGACGUGGCUCGCUCUAUGGGGGCCAAGGUUGUGAUUGCAAUCGAUGUUGGAAGUCGGGAUGAAACCAACUUAACCAACUAUGGCGACUCUCUAAACGGCUGGUGGCUGCUAUGGAAACGCUUCAACCCUCUGGCUGAGAAAGUAAAGGUCCUGAACAUGGCAGAGAUCCAAACCCGGCUAGCAUACGUGUGCUGUGUGCAGCAGCUGGAGCAGGUCAAAGACAGCGAAUACUGCGAGUACAUCCGGCCACCCAUCGACCACUACGGCACGCUAGAGUUCGGCAAGUUUGACGAGAUCGCUGAGGUGGGGUACCAGCACGGAAAAACAUUGUUCGACGUGUGGCAGCGCAGUGGUGUGGUGGACAGCAUGCUGAAGGACAGACAUCAGGAGGAGUUCCACAAGACCAAAACUGGCCAUGUGGUCACCUGUCCGAACGCGUCCUUCACAGACCUGGCAGAGAUAGUGUCGAGAAUCGAACCGGUCAAGAAUGCAGUGAUCGAUGAGGAGCUGUCGGACGAUUACCAGACGGACUAUGAUGAGGAGGCGGUGGAGAGCGCUCUCUCUGACUACGAAGCCUUCACUCACGGCAGUGAACACACUGAAGAAGAGGAGACAGCAGACACUGCUGAAACAGAUGAGUAAAUUCAAGUCCGACUUCGACGCAGUCCUACACCGUGACAUCCAUUUCAGCAAUGACUCCAACAAACAUGCAUGUAAAGGCAGUAUUUCUGGCAACAAUGAGGAAUUCUCAAACAUGAAGCUUACACUCUUAUCCAAUAAGCAGCCAGGUAGCUCAAGUGUUCCUCUAACACACUCAGCAGGUCUGUAGAUGGAUACAGGGACUUCUUGUUCAAAGCUUUCAGCAACAGAAGGGAGUUUUAAGAUCAGCGGUUUAAAAAGAUCAGUAAGAACCAGGGUGAAGAAACCAACAAACUGGUUUGAUUAACAGCACAGUGUAUUUUUCUACUUGUUUGACACAAGUUGUUUUGUAUGGCAGUUCCUCGCUCUGUUGUUCUGGGAAAAUAAGAAAUGAAUACCUACAAGCAAUUCACACACACUUAAAAUGGACUGGACAUUUUUCAUUUCAUAUUUAUAAUAAACAGGGCACUUUUUGCGACUGCCAUAAUAAGCUCAGAUCCAUAAAGCACUACAGUGCGUUUCAUGAUGUUUACAUAUAAGUUAAAACAGCUAAUAUGCAUGUGCCUUGAGCGAACGCCCAUUUCGUCCUAAUGAUGAAGGGAUUUCUUCUCUUCAGAGAAUAAACACGACACAGGGUGCAUCACGUUAAUCCCAACAAGACCUUCAGUAUAAUACACUUUUUCACGCGUGCAAAAUAACUUGCAUUGGAUGAGUUUCAUGUAUGAAUUUCUUACAUGAAGCCUGACUAUUUAGAAAACACAAUGAAAGUCUCUUUUUUCAUGGGAGUGGAGAGACUAGUGCAAGCAUCAGGUCUAAACGUGUCUGGAAUACAACCUGAGUUCCACAGCAGCACCGCAAUGCAGGGAAGGCAGACUAUGAGAUGUGUCCCAGUUUAAUAAAUAUAUAUUUUGUUGGAUGCACACUGUCCGACAAUGCGAUGCACAAAAGACAUGGUGGAGCUGCUCGCUGCCGGAACAAAUUCUAAUGAUUUUGAAUGGCAGUUAACCUCUGUAGAAUGAGAAAAAAGAACUUUCAGUUUUGGAAACCUUGGCCUUCCACAUUUCCCCGCAUUUUGACCCCAUGUAGCUUGAUUUUUUCUUUACAUUUAAAAUGAUUUGACUAGUAAUUUGGGUGGGAAAAUAAAUCAGGUUAUUAAUAGCCCAUGUUUGCUGUUUUUUAAAACACUUGGAUCUGAAUGGGAAGUACCGGUUUAAGUCAAAUACAAAAAUGACAGCUGCUCUUUUAAACUUGACAUGAACACAUGUGUGCAGUCAAAGUAUUCUGUGUGAGCACAAACUUAGCCCCAGGGGAAAUCUACAAAGAGCAGACCUCUCAGCCAGCGGUGUGUUCACAGUCUCCUCUAAUAGUGCCUUUACUGAUUUGGGAAGUCGCUUUUAUUUGUAGUAUAGAAACAAUGUGUUGUUUUGCUCAGUGAUAUCUGUUUGUUGUUGUUCCAACUCGAGGGGGCCUUCACAAGAACUGUUCUAUUAGGGUAGUAUUAUGUCAAUUUCUACGACAACACAUGAAUGCAGCACAAAUGCUCUUUCUCUGGGAAUGCAAGUUAAACAAUAUUUUUGUAUCCGUUCAUCCUUGGCCUAUGCCUCUCACUUCCAUAAGCUUUGAUGGAAAUAGGGCCAUUAGUUUUCUGUGAUCCUGCUGACUGACAGACGGCGGACUGACAGUUAUUGCGUCCAUCAUAGUUUUCCUGAUCAUGAAUACACGUCUCCGAAUGUUGAAUGUCUUCACAAAACAAGCCACGUUCUUCAUGCAACUUUACCUUACCCAGGCAGUUUGCACUAUUGUUACACAAAGAAUGGUUGUUGUAUUUGGAUAAAAUUAAUCAUUAAACCUGAGGACAGAUGAGUGGUCUCACCUGCUAGGACUGAACCCAUCUCUUUGCAGACAGUACAGCCUUGUUUGUGCCUGGAAUGUUUGUAUGUGACACUUUAUUAUAGAGUAUUGAUAGAAGGUGCUCAUCCUUGUGAGUGUGAUGAUGACAGGGCUACCUAAAACUGGUACUAACCCACCGUUUAAUGUAACAUUACACUUUUUUUAGCUGCUCUUUCAUCACCGUGGUUACAGCUCCUGUGGUUUUGAUUUCUGAUUUAAAUUUUUAUGACCUGAAGGGAAAAGUGUCAAGCGUAUAGUGACUUCUGAGAUAAUGUGAACACCAUCUCUGUUUUGUUAAUGAUUUUUUGUUAAUAGGGAGUAUUAUGUAAGAACACUUUCUGUUAGACAUUGGCUAGGGGUUUUUCAGUUUGUAACUUAUUAUUUGUGAAAUAGUUUCACAGACUAUUGUAGAAAGCUUUAGAAUAUUUAAUUGUACAUGUUCAGUGAAUAACCUGCUGGUUAAAUUUAAACUAAUGCACUAUUUGAUAAAAUCUUAAAGCCAAAGAUGUGGAAAAACUGAACAGAAAUCCAGACAAUGAGUUCUUGUUUGGAAUCUGAACUGAAACUGUAGGCCUAACCAAUUUCUCCCUGGGAUAAUAAAGUCUUUCUGAUUCUGA